AUGGCAUUGAGGACUUCAUUGCUCGGAGUCUCUAUAGGGUUACUGUUUUCCUUGCUGGAACUGUGGGUUAUAUCAGCUGUGAGCCUGGAGCCUAUAUACUGGAAUACAGCAAAUAAAAAGUUCCAGGCGGCGGGCGGCUACGUCCUGUACCCGCAGAUCGGCGACCGGCUGGACCUGAUCUGCCCGCGGUCCCGCCCGCCAGGCCCCUUCUCAGCGGAGGAGUACGAAUAUUACAAGCUGUACUUGGUGCUGGGUGAGCAGGCCCGGGCAUGCGAGAUCCUGCGGGCCCCCAACCUGCUGCUGACGUGCGACCGGCCCGAGCACGACGUGCGAUUCACCAUCAAGUUCCAGGAAUUCAGCCCCAACCUGUGGGGCCACGAAUUCAAGAGCAACCAGGACUACUACAUCAUCACCACAUCGGACGGCACCAAGGAGGGGCUGGAGAACCUGAGGGGUGGCGCCUGCCUGUCAAAGGGGAUGAAAGUCGUCUUGAAAGUGGGGCAGCAUCCCGGCACGGGCUCCAAGUCCCAGAAAUCGGGGCCGGAGACGCCGCCCGAGAAGGAGCGCGGGACGCUGGGCGGGGCAGACACCGGCAGGGAAAGCGGCGCAGGCGCUGGGAACGCGACAGGCCCGGCGGGGGGCGCGAACGGGCCCCUGCCCCAGUCCAACGUGCCCGUGGUGGCCGGGGCGGCGGGAGGCGCCGCCUUCGUGGCCCUGGUGGCAGCGGGCGUGACGGGGGCCGUAUGCUGGCGCCGGCGGCGGGCCAAGCAGAGUGACACCCACCUCCCGCCCCUCUCGCUCAGCAGCCUGACCAGCCCCAAACGGGGCGGUGCCGGCGGGGGGGGGAACAACAACGGGUCGGAGCCCAGCGACAUCAUCAUCCCGCUACGGACGUCGGACGGGACUUUCUGCCCCCACUAUGAGAAAGUGAGCGGGGACUACGGGCACCCUGUCUACAUUGUCCAGGAGAUGCCCCCCCAAAGCCCCGCCAACAUCUACUACAAAGUGUGA